AGCCCCCAACUCAAAUCAAAACCCCCAAACCCCUUCCCGGCGGCGUCGGACCACCGCGGCCAUGAAGCGGAAGCAGAGAGCCCCGGCGGCUGCCGCCAACGCCGACCCCGACUCCGACGGCGAGGAGCCCUCCCAGACCCCGCUCCCCCUCGAGUCCUUCUCGGGAGACGCCUGCGCGGCCCUCACCGCGCGCUACGGCCGCUCAGCCGCCCCGCAGCACCGCCACCUCCUCGCCUCAGCCGCCGCCAUCCGCUCCAUCCUCCUCGACGACGGCCUGCCCCUUACCCCGGCGUCCUACCUCCCCGCGGCCGUCGCUGCCCUUCGUGCCGCUGGGCCUGCAGACCCGGCCGCCGCCUCCGCCCUCGCCUCUCUGCUUGCAAUCCUCCUGCCCCACAUCCCAUCCUCCCCUUCAUCCCUCCCGCCCGACGCUGCUUCUGAAUCUGCCUCCGCACUCGCCGCCUUUCUCUCGUCCCCCGACGCCUCCCAGCUCCCGACAGGCACCGUGCGCUCGGUGGUCAAGUCGCUCGGACACUUGACCCUCCAUCUCGACGCUGCAGCCGAUUGGGAUGCUGUGGCGGCUCCUCUGGAAGCUCUCCUCGUGGCUUCUGUGGACCAGCGGGCCAAGGUUCGAAAAUGUGCGCAGGAGAGCGUCGAAAAACUGUUCGCGUACUUGGACCAGUGCGGUUGUGCGAAGAAAGCUAGCAAUGCUGCAGUUGGCAUGUUUGAGAAGCACAUUUCUUUGGCGCAAAGUCUUAUCAGUUCGAAUUCAGAUAUUUCUGAGGGUAAAGACACAGAUGCGGCUCAUAUGCUUGGUGCAAUGGUAACUUUGGUUCCAUAUCUAUCGAAGAAGGCAAGGAAGAAGGUGUUCUCGGAUGCUUAUCAGUUAUUGAGCCCUUGCUUUACGCCACUUACAAGGCACGUUCUUAGGCUGUUGGCGACCUUGUUGGGUCAUCUGAAGGCUGAAACUGUUGAAUCCGAGGUGGAGAGUCUUGUAUCCUCGGUGGUUGCUUACCUGCCGUAUAAUGAGAAGAAGCCUGAUGAUACCAUUGUCGCAGCAUUGCACCUAAUGAAAAGUUGCUUGGAUAAACUUGUUGGCUGCUCAAAAUUGUGGGUGGAGGUUCUUCCAACUGCCUUUGAGGCAGUUUCAGGAUACUUAAUUCUGGGCAGAAAAUGUUCUGAUGAUGUAGCAAAAGUGGUGCAAGACUGUAUUGAUUCUCAUAUUGACCACAGUGUUUUUGUCACUAAUGAAUCACAACUAAGUGAAUGUGAUGCUGAGGAUUUGAGUGACCAAGCUGCCAUGAAAUCGAUCUGUUUAACAAUCAAUAGCAGACUUCACACUUGUGCUUAUCCUCCAGAUAGUAUCUUAACCGUAGUCUUGGUUUUAUUUCUCAAACUUGGGGAGAGUUCCUUUGUCUUUAUGAAAGAUAUCCUACUUACCUUGGCACAGUUUGCUAUGAAAAUGGACAAAGAAUCACAACUAAAGAGCGUUCAAGAAUGCAUUGGAGCAGCAGUGGUUGCUAUGGGACCAGAUAAAGUCCUUUCAUUGGUUCCAAUAGCUUUUGAUGAAGACCGCUUGACAUGCUCAAAUUCUUGGCUUCUACCUAUUUUGGAUAAGUAUACAUAUGGAGCCUCGCUGCAACUUUUUCUAGAGCAUAUUGUACCCCUAGCAAAAUCUGUACAAAAUGCAUCUGACAGGGUCAAGAAAGGACGGAAACGUAAGGACUUGCAAUCUUGGACUGAUCAACUAUGGAACUUGCUUCCUUCCUUCUGCCGCUAUCCGGUUGAUGUACAUCAUAGUUUUGGUUCCCUGUCCAAGUUGCUGGUUGAAAUUUUGAAGUGUGAUGAGUGCCUAUACAAAUCUGCUGUUAAAGCCCUGCAGCAACUUGUAGAUGGUACCAGAAGAUUGAGUAGCAGCAGUCAAAAUGUUGAAAUCUAUAUGGAACUUUCAGCCUUGUUCUCCUCAAAACCUAUUAGUUUCAAAUGUCCACGUCUAGAGAGGUGCUCCAAAAAACAAGCCUGCAAGGAUUUGAAAGUUCUAGCAUCACAUUCUGCCAAUCUUCUCUGCACUUUUGCAGACUAUUUCCUUGAGUCCUCACCAGAAAAACGUGCUCAUUUAAAGGUUGCUUUGAGAUGCCUGGGUCAACUUUCUGGCAGCACGAACAUAUGUGAACUUUUUGUUUCACUAGUCAAAAGGUUUGAUUUAGAAGAUACUCAAUUGGAGUCAGACAGUCAAGAAUGCAAAACUGGUGAAGUAGAUAGGAAGGAUGAAGAAAGUACUGAUACAACAGAUGAGCUAAACAAUAGGAGGUCUCUUCUAUUAGAUCUCAUCUCCACAUUUGCUGAAGUUGCUGGUGAAGAUCUUCUGGAUAAACUCUUUGGAUUUAUUAAGUCUUGUUUGCUGAACAGCAGCAUGCCUUGUCACAGCAAAGCUCUUUUAGCAUUAAGCAUAAUCAUGAAGGAACAUGAUGAAUAUUCUAUGGCUCAUUUGGAUGAAAUAUUGCUUUUACUUCAUGGAAUUAAACCAGCUUUGGAUAAAACAGUUUUAGAAAGCCAACUAUUAUGCUACCAGCAUUUGCUGGUUCACAUGAUUAAGGUUGAUGAAGAGAAUACCAGCAGGAAGGCAUUCUUGAUUCUAAAUGAGUUAAUAGUGGCACUAAAGUCUAAGAAGGAGAGUAGAAAAUUAGCAUACGAUGUGCUCCUGGCCGUUAGUGCAAACUUGAGGAGCUCAGAGUCAAAUAGUGCAGAUUCAAAUCUUCAACGAUUGUUUACAAUGGUAAUGGGAUAUCUUUCAACUCCAUCUCCUCACAUUGUGAGUGGAGCAAUUGCUGCAUUGUCAUUGCUUAUAUACAGUGAUGCUAAUUUUUGCAUGGAAGUUCCGAAUCUGAUACAAUCAGUUUUAGUUUUGCUGCAACAUAAAGCCAUUGAAGUAACUAAAGCAGCAUUGGGCUUUGUUAAGGUACUGGUAACCUCUUUGCAACCAGAAAAACUAUUGAAUUUGCAAGCAGAUAUCAUGAGUGGGAUACUACCAUUGUCAUCGUGUACAAAGCAUCAUUUCAAAUGGAAGGUUGUACUUAUAGUGGAAAUAUUGAUCAGGAAAUGCGGGUUUGAUGCUAUCAACUUAGUUACACCUGAUAAGUACAAAGACUUUGUUAAAAGUGUUGAGGAGGGUCGCAAAGGAAAUCAUAAUCUAGUUGAUGGUGCGGAGUCUGAGCCAAAAGAACAUGAACAACAUGACCCCAAAAGGAGAAAACGGGUUGAUUCUAAUGCUGAGACUGGACAAGAAGGAACGUCUAGUCGUCGACCACCAUCAAAGAGUUCGUCAGCUGGGCAGAAGCAGGCAAAGGAUUCUCGUUUCAAGAAAGGGGCAGGAAAAGGUAACCCUCAUAAUGCUGCAAAAAACAUUCAAGGUAAAGCUUCAGGCGACACAGGCGAUAGGACUAAUUUCAAGUCCAAGUCCAAAUGGCAACCAGGAAAGAGAGGUGAUAAGUCGCCUGGCAACAACAAAAAAACUAGGGGCGGUGCUUUCAGCAAGACGCAAAAUAGUGGGAUUAGAGCACCUGGGCACUCUCCUAGUUUCAAGAAGCGUAAAAGGACAGCAACGCACCCGUCGGAGCUCCGCGACUGGGGCCACCUCCCGCACCUGCUUCUCGGCGAAGUUCUCCAGCGCCUCGUGCCGUGCCUCCGCUCGCUCUCCUUCGCCGCCCCGUGCCGCCCGUGGCGCCGCUUCCUCCUCGCCUCCGUCUCCACCCUCCUCCUCCCGCGCAUACCGCAUCUCCUCCUCAACCCAGGCUAUGGGGGUAGGUGCGCCAACUACUUCCUGGUGCACGCAUGGUCGCCCCUAGUGAUCCGGGGGACGGUCACCUCCCCGCUCGCCGCCGCCGCCUCCCCCUCCCCCACUCUCCUUUCCUCUGCCCGCGGCCACCUCAUCCUCCUCGUCCGCCCCAGAGGCCUCUUCGUGCUCGUUGACGCCCUCACCUGCGCCGAGCGCCUCUCCCUCCCGCUCCCGUCGCCCCAUGCCCCACACCACUACGCCACCCUCACCCCGAACCACCUCGUCCUCUUCCGAUCUAUAGCAGAAGCUAUAGCUGGCUAUUUAAAACCUUGCUCCAAGCACGUGUUCGCCUCCCUUCCCUUCCCCCCCGCCAACCCCGGCGCCGCGGAGUGGACGCACCACCGCCUCCCCCGCUCGGCCUCCUUCGUCGCGUCCGUCGUCGACUUCCGCGGCCGCGUUCUCGGCGUCACCGACCGCGCGCAGCUGCUAGAGUUCCGCUGCCUCGACGCUGCCGCGCCGGACCAGGAGGCGGCGGUCCAGAUACUGACCGCCACCGGCCUCCCCGAGGCCUCCACGUUCGAGAGCUGGCACUUCGGGCCCCGCCUGGUGGUCGCCGGGGAGCGGCUGCUCCUGCUGCUGCUCAUGAAGGACCCGGCGUAUCGCGCAGUGGUGCGCAAGGUGAGCGUGCACGCGCUCCAUGAGAUGCCGGAUGGGACCAUGAGGUGGGAGGAGGUGGACACCCUCGGCGAUUACAGCGUGUUCGUGGACUGCGCCGGGAGGAGCGCCAUCGCGUGCGCCGACGCGGCAGGCUGCGGCGACGUCGCCGGCAACUGCAUCUACUUCGCCGAGAUGACGUUCUACCGCGUAGAUUCGCAGCGCUACUGGAGGUCGCUCAAGCCGUGGUGGAAGUGGGAGCAUUCCACCGCCGGUGCCGGCGAAAAUAAGGGCGUCACCAUCUCCCGCGCGUGGCCGUCGCAGACAUGGCCCAUAUUAUUAUCCACAAGAGGCCAGGGUAUGGCCCGUUUGGCCCAUGUCUCCACACCAGCAGCCAGGCUCGACCUGAGCAAAGCAACGCCGAGCUACCAGCGCGUCGCCUACCCUGUCGCUGUCAGCCUGCCCCCCUCCCCCUUCCCCUCGGUUCCGGCGGUCAUGGCGGUGGCGGCUCCCGGACAGCUCAACCUCGACGAAGCCCCGUCAUGGGGCUCCCGCAGCGUCGACUGCUUUGAGAAGCUCGAGCAGAUCGGCGAGGGCACCUAUGGGCAAGUGUACAUGGCGAAGGAGACGGGCACCAACGAGAUCGUUGCGCUCAAGAAGAUCCGCAUGGACAACGAGCGGGAGGGCUUCCCUAUUACUGCCAUACGCGAGAUCAAGAUCCUGAAGAAGCUUCACCACCAGAACGUCAUCAAGCUCAAGGAGAUUGUCACCUCCCCAGGCCCAGAGCGAGAUGAGCAAGGGAAGCCGAUCGAUGGUAACAAGUACAAGGGGAGCAUUUACAUGGUCUUUGAGUAUAUGGAUCAUGACCUCACCGGACUUGCCGAUAGGCCAGGAAUGCGGUUCACUGUGCCACAGAUUAAGUGUUACAUGAGGCAGCUGCUUACCGGCCUGCACUAUUGCCAUGUCAAUCAAGUGCUACAUCGAGAUAUUAAAGGAUCUAACCUUUUGAUAGACAAUGAGGGCAACUUGAAGCUGGCUGAUUUUGGCCUUGCAAGAUCAUUCUCGAGUGAUCAUAAUGGACACCUUACUAACCGUGUGAUCACUUUGUGGUAUAGACCUCCAGAGUUGCUGCUUGGAAGCACGAAGUAUGGUCCAGCCGUUGACAUGUGGUCAGUGGGCUGUAUUUUUGCCGAGCUUCUCAAUGGGAAGCCAAUAUUGCCUGGAAAGAAUGAGCCUGAGCAGCUGACGAAGAUCUUCGAACUUUGUGGUACCCCUGAUGACAUAAUCUGGCCUGGUGUCACAAAAAUGCCAUGGUACAACAACUUCAAGCCUCCUCGACCAUUAAAGAGACGAGUUAAAGAGUUCUUUAAACAUUUUGAUCGACACGCACUGGAUCUGUUAGAGAAGAUGUUGACUUUAGAUCCAUCACAGAGGAUAUCAGCAAAAGAUGCGCUUGAUGCGGAAUAUUUCUGGACUGAUCCGUUGCCAUGUGAUCCGAAAAGCUUGCCCAAGUACGAGGCAUCACAUGAGUUCCAGACUAAGAAAAAGCGACAGCAACAGAGGCAAGCAGAAGAAGCUGCGAAGCGUCAAAAACUUAAUCAUCCUCCACCACAUUCUCGUUUGCCUCCAAUCCAACAGCCUGGCCAAGCACACCCUCAAAUCAGACCUGGCCAGGGUAUGCACAAUGUACCUCCUGUGGCAGCUGGCCCAAGCCAUCACUAUGGUAAGCCCCGAGGACCAGGAGGCCCUAACCGGUACCCUCAGGGUGGGAAUCAAGGGGGAGGCUAUAAUCCGAACCGCGGAGGGCAGGGAGGAGGCUAUGGGAGUGGCCCUUAUCCUCAGCAAGGGCGAGGACCUCCGCCAUACCCUGGAGCUGCUGGCCCACGGGGCGCUGGUGGCAGUGGCUAUGGAGCUGGAGGACCAAGCUACCCACAAGGUGGCCCAUAUGGUGCAUCCGGUCCAGGCCGAGGAAACUAUUCUCAAGGUGGCUCCCGCAAUCAGCAGCAGUAUGGGAACUGGCAAUAAGAUGGCAGUAUCAUGCCACUGAAUUGUCCCUCCAAGUUGUACCAUGUAUUAGCAGUAUCAUGCCACUGAAAUGUUCUUCCAGUUGUAACAUGUAUGUAUUUGUGAGAUGCAUCUUAUAAUUGACACUGUAAUUGGAUCCAGGCAUCUCGUAUGUAUGCUGUUGGACUCGAGUAGUUGUACUAUGCCACUGGAAGGAUGCUGCAAAGACAGCAGAGUUUGCUAUUAACAGAUGAUAAUCAAUAUCCUCCACCAUUUCUUC